UUGUUGAGUAGGCCUACAAGGAUGAGUGACCGAUGGUGUCUGCCGAGGCCAAGUAAUUACUUAGUCAACAGCCAAACCGAAUCUACAUCUGGAUUGAACGUAUCUUAUUUAUUAUUCCCUUGCUGAGGGAGCUUUCCUUCAGAUUCGUAGAAACUCGACCAUGUUGCAGGAGGCAAUGAGAGGAGAGCCUCCCUCGGAAAGAAACGCGAGACAGAGUACGAGGACCAGUUUGAUGGUAAGCGAUCCAAGCGAGACGAGGCAGUAUACGGCCCACAGGAGAUCACCAGAUGGAGUGAUAUUCAGGAGUAUAACGCAGAGGACAGGCUUGAUGGGAUGAGGGAAGAGCGCAAAGAUGCAGGGAGAAGCAUGGCAGAUGGCAGAAGAACACAUGACUACGCUGACCAGUCCCGCAAAGGUCGUCCUAACCACCAUCCAGGAAGGAAUGGGAGUGACCGGCACUUUGAGCGCACCACUGCCAACUACCACACAGGACACAGGCCUAGAGACCGCCACUCAAGCUCACAUGGAGAGCAGCAUCCGCCCGAGCAGAUGAGCAGAGGGCACCAGUUCCGCCGAGGAGGGUCCAAUUCUAAUUACGAGGGAGGUGGCUAUAACUAUGGCUAUGAAGAUAACAGGGAUAACUCCUCUAGGGGGUCAUCUUUCCAGAGUGGCAGUUUUUCAAAUUCCAGGGAUGGCUCGCACAAGGAGAGUUCGCACUAUUCUGGAAACGAGAACAACAGAGACCGUCCAUACAGAGACCGGCCAUCGAGAGACAGACCUCCAAGAGAGAAGGACACCCCUUACUCCAAAUUCAACCCACGGAAUUCCCAUGACCGAGAAUGGAACAGGAAUUCUGGGUAUGGUGAUCACUUCUCUAGCCAGGAGCGCAGUUCGAGAUAUGAUGGUAAACUUGGGAAAAGAGAAAAUCCACCAUCUUUAAGAGAAAAUCCACCAUCUUCAAGAGAAAAUCCACCAUCUUCAAGAGAAAAUCCACCAUCUUCAAGGGAAAAUCCUGGGGAAGCAGCGUAUGGAGAUUAUAGGGAGGGUCCCGUACAGGAUGACUAUGACAGUGCAAAUUCAUGGUCAGACUCUCGAGACAGAAACUACACAAGAGAUUCGUCACACACUGAAUCUGCAACACAAGAAGUAUCACUCCAUGGUGUCGUGGGAACAAUGCUUCAUAAAUUGGCUUCGUGCUCAUUGAAGAACAAGGAAGAUGCAAACUUGGCAUUAAGAAUCAUCAACAUGUUCUUGAAGCCACUUGCAGAUUAUAGCUACAAAAAUGGGGAUGAAACGUCUGCCAGUUUGAUCAAAGCUGCAGAAAUUAACUUGAAAACCCUCAGGGAACAGACGCUCUUCUCGACCUCAUCGGUCCCAGAGGUCACAAACCCGGGUCACACAACCCCUCGGCAUCAGCAUCAGCACCAGCACCGGAACCAACAGAAAAAGCAGCACACGUAUCACAGACACAUGUACUAGCAGCUGUGGACAAACCUUUUAUAUUAAAAGGAAUCAGUUGUAGUUGCAUGAGUCUUACGUGCUGUGCUUGGAUGUCAAGUAGAGUAUAUUUGAUAUCAAGGGAUGAGCGCAUUCCUUGGACAGUAUUCAACUUUAUAUGAAAUACACAUAGUAAUUAUUCAAGA